AUGGAACUUCCCUCGAUCAACAGCACCACUAGCAUAUCUGAUAAUACUGAUUUGAGAAACUAUUAUGACAAAUUAUUAUUCACUAAUGCAAGUGGUAAAUCAUUGAAUGAUCUUCCCCGCAAAGCACAUGCGGCGCAACAAAUAAACAAGAAAGUUAAUGAAACUAUUCAUGAAGAAGACACAGAGAGAGCACCAAGAAUAGAUUUCAUUGAAGGGUUUGGCCAUAGCCCAAGAGCAAAUGUGCCAUUAUCUCCUCCUCAAGAACAUGCUAGAAGAAGAUCUAUAUUUUUUGAGAACUCUUUGCCCCAUCAUAAUAAUAGCAGUAACGAUCGUAACGAGAAUAGAAGCCUGGGUGGAAAUAUGACACUAAGUCCUGAUAUGAUGCUAACACCAUUAAAUUCAGGUUUUGGGAGUGCAUUUGGUAGUGCUAAUAUUUUCAAUGAAGCCAGAAGGUCUUCGUACAUCGCAGAUUCGUUAAUUCAUAAUCAGAAUAUACAUGAAGGUCAAAACUUGGAGAAAAAUGGAACCAUCCAAGAUACUUAUUCAAGAUAUGCAGUAAAUGCCGACAUGAAAAGUCCUACCUUUAAUAAUCACCAACAACACUUCGAUAACCCUACAAGAAUGGAGUUAUUUGGUACUGGAGAUUAUGUGAGCCGCCGUAAUUCACAACCAGCUGGUGCCAACCAGUUCCAACAAAGCCAGAAUGCUAACCAGUUUACAGAUGGGAAUUAUUACAAGAAUACCAACGGGAACAAUUUCCAAGCACAAUACCCUUAUGAUUACUACGCAUACAAUCAACAGCCACAACAAACUGCUUAUAAACCUACAUAUGACUAUAAUUAUGGGGUUAGACAACAACCUCAGCAGAAUCCAAAUUAUUAUCCAAAUACUCAAGUGGGUGGUAAUGACAGUGGUGAUAACGGUUUAGUGGUAAUUGAUAGCAAGCAGUUGGCGUCUUCGGAUAAGCUAUACGACUUAUAUCAGGAAUGUGGUUCCAAAUACUUUUCUGCUAAAGAAGUGUUUGAGUUUAUGGACUAUUUAAAACCGAUGCUAGAGGCUACAUCAAACGAGAAUGAACUAAGUAAUGUUACCAAAAGCCGUCUUUACAAGUUCCUGGGGUUCUUGAAGAGCUGUAACUUGAAUUAUAAUCCUCAAUCUGAAGCCUUUGUUACGGCAAAUAUGAACAAUAGAAGGGGGAAGGGCACAGCGUCUUCAUACCUUCAUUAUAAGCCUUUGGUAUUGGGUGCUCUAAAGAAUGGUAAGCUGGAAUUACUGUCAAUUCCUCAAAACAGUAACUUAGCGCUCAAGAAGGGUGAUCUAGUUAUUGUAGAUGGUGAUAGAGGAAAAGAUUUGAUUCUUGUAGUCGAACCUAUUGUGGAUUUAAACCUUGCUUUGAUUAUUAACUUUUUGAAGAAAAAAAUACACUUUGAUUCAUUGAUAACAAAUAAGAAUCAACAUUAUCCUAUCGAAAAGUUUGUCAAGGCUCUAAUCGACUCUACAAACGGUGUUGGCGACGAACUAAACCCCAAACUUUACGAUAUUAUAGAGUUAACGCAGCUAGUAGUUCCUUCAAAACAAGUUUUGAGAUUUGCAAAUUCCUGGGAGGUCACAACAAACCUGCACAACAAGUUUCAGGAUGAGUUGAAGGCUCUACAUAUUGCUCAACUGAAGUUACGGUCUUUAAACAGUGGGUUAAACCACAAUCACCGCAACAACAGUGGUAACAGUACGGAGAGUAACAGUUCAAGUGGCACUCCUCCUAACGAAUCUACAGAUACUUCUGGAGACAAAGCCGACGAAAUGUCUCAGAAAGUGAUUAACAAGCAAUCGUGUACCCCACGUUUGAACAUUAAGAUAUUGAAUGCCGAAUUCCAAUUUGAUAGAAAGAAAUUGACGUUUUAUUAUGUUUGUGAAGAGAGGAAUGACUUCAGAGAAUUGAUCAAGGAACUGUUCAAAUUCUACAAGACUAGAAUUUGGUUAUGCGCUAUUCCUAAUAAUUUAGAAAUUGAUAGAAAGUACUACGACCCUAACCGCAAAGAGAUGGAGAUGUACCAGAAGAUGAUGCAGCAAUAUAGUGCGGAUGAUUAUAACAAUGGCAAUGACAACAAUAGCAACGGUGUGAAGGACGGUCUUGUUGUGGCUCCUCCUUUAAAGAGUAUAGAGCUGGACAACUUCCAGAUUGGUGUGUAUACUGAGUUAGUAGAGCACUUAUUCAACACUCCGGUAUAA